AUGAACGCAGCUCUAUUAUCGCAGAUCCAAGGUGGAAAAGGACUGAAGAAGGCUGUGACGGUCGACAAGUCCGCCCCCGCGGUCACUGGCGCCGUCAUCGGAGAAGGUGGAGCAGGGGGCGGUGGGGGAGGUGGAAGAUCCGGAGGCGGGGUUGCGGGAGGGAUGGCAGCUGCACCGAAAGUACCAGCUCCGAGCUCCGGUGGACCACCUGCGCUCGCUGGGCUGUUCGCCGGCGGUAUGCCAACGCUGAAGAAGACCGGUGCUCCCGGUGCGUCGACCCUGCUACCUACUUCAGCUGCUCCAUCUCGAGCGCCUCCGAAGCCGUCUGCUGCGCCCCCUGCGCCUCCACCUCCACCUGGCCCACCCAGACCUAUGGGUGCUCCGCCAGCCCCUCCAGCUCCUCCGGGGCGUGGACCACCGCCACCACCAGCGCCUCCAGCACCAUCUGCGCCGAGCAGAGGACCUCCCGCCCCUCCGCCUCCACCAGGAAGAAGUGCGCCUCCCGCUCCAGCCCCGCCAGCCGCAAGAGCAUCACCGUCUAGGAUACCUCCUCCGCCAGCGCCUCCUGCUCCACCACGCGCCCCUCCUGCACCACCAGCUCCGCCGGGAAGGUCAGGUCCCCCAGCCCCUCCGCCACCUCCACCUCCACCCGGCCGGUCCGCCCCACCGCCAGCUCCACCAGGUCGGUCUGGACCACCCCCACCGCCUCCUCCACCACCUCCACCAGGACGCGGAGCUCCUCCCGCUCCGCCGGCCCCGCCUGCACCUCCCGCUCGCGGCGCGCCAGUCCCUCCACCUAUGCCUGGACGCAGUGGUCGACCAGAAAGCACCGGACCUCCACCGCGGAGUAUACCUCCACCGCCUCCGCCACCUCCAGGUGGCAAUGCUCCUCGAGCUCCUCCUCCUCCACCUCGGCCUACUGGUCCUCCAGCCUUACCUACGCGUGUCCCGAGCACGAGCGCCCCUCCCGCCGGACGCAGUCUCCCUCCGCCCUUACCAAACGGAGCUGGCCGGAACAUCCCUCCCGCCCUCCCUAGCCGUCCCUCAUCCAACUCGAUCUCAUCCAUCUCGACCCCACCGCCACUGCCAGCUGGCCGAAACCUCCCGCCCCCUGCGCCAGCUAUGCCGCCUCGCUCGGUCCCGCCCAUGCCUGCCAGACCACAGCAGACCCAGUCAUACCAGGACGACUCGGACUCGGACUCUGCCCCCGCGCCCGCACUAGCUCCCCGACUCCCGCCUGCGCCGGCUAGGGCACCACCACCUCCUACCUCGGCUCGACCCACCUCAGCACUGGCUCCGCCAUUAGCGGCUCGUCCGGCUGUGGGCGCUGCGCUACCUCCUCGCCUGUCUAGUCCGGCGCAGUCAGGGUACGGGAUGGAUAUGCCGGAUGUGCCGGAGCCGCCACCUGUGGUGGGGAGCUGGACGUUCCCGAUGAAGGGGAUGUUCCCGCCUCCUAGACCAUUCAAGGGGGGUCAGAAGACGUAUGCGAGCGGAAGAUCUAAAGGAGCAGGUGUUGGUGUCAACUAG